UACCAUCUCUACAGUCUACACCCGCUCAAGUCUGGUCGAAUUCAGUCGAAUCCAACACAUUGUCAUCCUGACUCGCCUCGAACAUCCCCGCACCAACAUAUAGGCCCUAUCUUUCCCUCGAUCUUUUUCCUUCGAUCAUAUUUCUACUCUCGUUUCAGAUCUUCCGUUCCAUCUACAAUGGCUUCUUUCUCUGCAUAUCAGGAUUCUUGUCCACUAGUGAAGAACAUACUGUUGCUUGAUUCGGAAGGAAAGAGGGUAGCUGUCAAAUAUUAUUCGGAUGAUUGGCCAACGAAUGCAGCGAAAUUAGCGUUUGAGAAAUCUGUGUUUACUAAAACUCAGAAGACUAAUGCUAGGACUGAAGCUGAGAUAACAAUGUUUGACAACAACAUAGUCAUUUAUAAGUUUGUCCAAGACCUUCACUUCUUUGUAACUGGAGGCGAUGAUGAAAAUGAACUCAUUUUGGAUGCCGUUCUUCAGGGUUUCUUUGAUGCUGUAACCCUAUUACUGAGGAACAAGGUUGACAAAAGUGAGGCCCUUGAGAACUUGGAUCUCAUACUUCUAUGCCUUGAUGAGAUAGUUGAUAGAGGGAUGAUUCUUGAGACCGAUGGUAAUGUCAUUGCUUCUAAAGUUGCAACCAGUAGCGUUGAUCCUGCCGCUCCUUUGUCUGAACAGACCAUAUCUCAGGCGUUGGCUUUGGCUCGCGAACACUUGACAAGAUCUCUUUUGAGCUAAUCUUUUCAAGUAUAUAAAUUUUCAACCAUGUUACCUUACCUCUGAUUCUUCCUCUGUCGCCCGUUUGAUGAUGCAAUUUUCGCAGUAUAUUGUGGGUGAUGUUUGGAUUUUCAAAGAACUUUAAGCACUUUGUUUAAAGAGCUUUUCGCCUUUUGAUAGAAAUUAUAUUUGUUUUCCUUAGUGAAAAUGUUUGGGAGGCUGAUACCGUUGAGUUGCUAGCGAGAAAUCUGGUUGAUGCUGUGUAUAACUCGUUAUAUACACAAAAGUGCAUGGAUCAUAUAACGUUACAGCUAUUGCUAUUUGGUCGUUUGUCUGGAUUUACUAUCGGAAAAUUACUUUUAAAAAUUCUAACUUUGGAUUAAUACUUAAAAAUUCAAAAUUUUAAUGGCAAUUUAAUUUUAAAGUCUUUAAUGACCUGCAAGACCGCAAUCAGUUGAACUAGUUAUAUUUGAUUUUUUUAGACUUCGAAAAAAAAAGGAAAACUGCUAAAACUCACCCCACUUCCCACCCCUUAGCUUCCCAGUUCCCACCAUUGAACCACCUUCCCUUAGCCACUGACACCAUCAAAAUCCACCACUAGGCCGGUUUCCCUCUUACAACCACUACUAAGAAUCACCAUACUUGAACCAAAGGACCCUAAAAUAGUCAUCUCUUAUGCCAACUUUCCCUCUCCACAGCCAUGAGACAGCGACCAACCCAUUCCACCUCUGCGCUACUCUGAGUCUCUCAGGCUCUUAGAUCUCGUUUCUGUCUCCUCUACGACCACCGUGAUACCAAAACCAAUUUGAGAGAAGAGGGGAGGAAGGAGGUUGUUGGUUGGCGGCAGUGGGGAUUUGGUUAGGUUAACAGUGAUGGUGGCGAAGGGGUUAGUUAGGAAGGGGCUAAAAAU